AUGAAAGCCGUGGUCAUCAAAGGAGACAAAGCUCAACUCGUCCGGGAUAGACCACUUCCACGGUUGCGUGACGAUUAUGUCCUGGUCAAACCAUAUGCUGUAGCGCUCAAUCCGACCGACUGGAAACAUGUGGCCUUCAGGAGAGCCAAAGACGAUGCAUUGAUGGGAUGCGACUACGCCGGCAUCGUAGAAGAAGUAGGUCCUGCUGUGACCAAAGACUGGCAAAAGGGCGACAGAAUCUGCGGAUGUGCACAUGGGUCCAAUGCCGUGAAUGGAGAGGACGGCGUCUUUGCCGAAUAUGCUGUGGUCAAGGGAGACGUACAGAUGAGGAUGCCUGAUGGCUUGUCCUACGAAGAUGCUGCCACGGUGCCACUUUCAGCAAUCACCGUGGGACAAGGUCUUUAUCAGAAAUCCCUGAGGUUGAAGCUCCCGACAUGUCCUGAGAAGAACUCAGAGUACGUCUUGAUUUAUGGCGGAGGCACUUCCACUGGUGGCCUGGCAAUUCAAUUUGCAAAACUGUCGGGAUAUACAGUCAUCACCACAUGCUCUGAGAACCAGUUCGAUCGCCUCAAAGGCCUCGGAGCGGACUAUUGUUUCACUUAUACUGAUCCUGAUACUCCGAGCAAAAUUCGGAGACUGACAAACAAUGGACUCAAAUACGCAUGGGAUACCGUUUCGAUAGAAUCAUCGGCCAAGAUCUGUGCCAAUUCUCUUUCCACGGGCGCUGGUACUCGCUACGGGACCACAAACCCCAUCACCUCACCCAGGGAUGAUGUUGAGUCGAGUUCAGUCGUCAUGUAUACCAUGUUCGGCGAGGCAUUUGUCUUUGGACCUAGAACAUUUGCGGCUUCUCCAGAGGAUUUUGAAUUUGCAAAGAUGUUCAUGGGUCUUUGCGAACGAUUACUCGCUGAGGGCAAGUUGAAGACACACCCGGCGUUGGUUGGGGAUGGUGGACUGGCAGGUGUUAUCCGGGGAUUAAAGGACCUUCAAGACGGAAAGGUUCGCUCGGGCAAGUUAGUCUACCGGGUUGGGGAUACUCCUUAG